UUCUCUGUCAUAUAUCUCUUUUUUCUAGUGUUACUUUCCUUUUUUUCUCUUUUGGGAGUUUUAGUGGGGAGGUGGGGGAAACUGGUUUAAUUUGCAUGCUGCUCUUGUGUGCUGGCUGAGGUCAACUUAGGUAGAUGUUGGGUUUCUUUCAUUUUCAUUGUUUUUCAGAAAGAUGUAAUGAUAUUUUGGAAAUAGUUUGUUUUUGCUUGAGUUUGGAGGGUGGAAAUCUUGAUAAGAAAGCAGACACUGCUGUUUUGCUCUGCAGGUUGACUUUUUCUGAAUGUUUUUGCAGCUUGGCUCUGCAAGCAUGGAAAGUUUGUGGCUCAGUCUCCAUUUUCUUGGUGGUGUUAUCCUUUCUCUGCUGGGAUGGGAUGAAAUUGCUGCUCAUAAUACCUAUUAAUUUGAUGCAUUUUUCGUUGGAUUCUGGCAGAUCAAACAUUUGAUAAUCUUAUAUUGGACCAUGCGUCGUUUCCUGCACUGCCUUUGCUUGAUGGGUUCCAAAGUUGAUAGACAUAGACUUGGGUAUGAGGACCCUACUAUUCUUGCUUCAGAAACUGCUUUUACAGUAAAUGAAGUGGAGGCCUUGUAUGAUCUGUUUAAGAAACUAAGCAGUUCCAUAAUUAAAGAUGGUCUUCUUCUACACAAGGAAGAAUUCCAACUUGCACUAUUUCAGAGCAGCAGUAAACAGAAUCUUUUUGCGGAUAGGGUAUUUGACUUGUUUGACAUCAAGCGUAAUGGGGUUAUUGAAUUUGGAGAGUUUGUUCGGUCAUUAAGUAUUUUUCACCCAAAUGCUUCCGAAGCAGAAAAAAUAUCAUUUGCAUUCAGAUUGUAUGAUCUACGACAGACCGGCUACAUUGAGCGUGAUGAGGUGAAGGAGAUGGUGUCAGCCCUAUUGAGUGAAUCAGAUCUGGAACUUUCCGAUGAUGUUAUUGACUCAAUUGUAGAUAAGACAAUGGUGGAGGCAGAUUUCAAAGGGGAUGGGAAAAUCGAUCAAGAAGAGUGGAAAGAAUUUGUAGCAAAACAUCCAUCUCUAAUAAAGAAUAUGACUCUUCCAUAUCUAAAGGACAUAACCAUACAAUUUCCCAGCUUUGUGCUCAAAACUGAAGUUCGAGAUUAGAUAUAAUAGUAUUACAAAGAUAGACAGUGCCAAUGUUUUUCGCCUCAGACGACGGACACAUCAAGUAAGCAGCCUGUGUAAAGCAUGGCACAUAGAAGAGGAAAGGAACCAAACAAAAUAUUGAGACUGCACCCCUUAGCAUAGCCCCAAUUGAGAUCAAGCAUCGCGUGGUAUGUUUUCUACAAAGUUUUCGGUAAUAAAGGCCUCACUCAGCAAACACUCUAGUGGUUCAAUGUAUUAUGUAAUUUAACUGUUUAAUUUGUACACAGUGUAAAUUUUAGUUUAGAAUGUUUAUAUUCUUUCCCCCUUUUCCCCUUUA